AUGGCAUCAUCCCUUCUGCUUCUGGAUGCCAUCAUCCAGCGCGACCCUCUAAACGACCAUUUGCCACAAAACCCCCCAUCCGCAGGCGAAAGAAAGCGGUACACUCAUAAAGCCAGCGAAUCGGUGGCCCAACUCGAGAUUGAUUUCGAUCUGAAACUCUGCGACUCAUCCGAACUCGUUGGCGAGGGCGUGACUCUUUUCCAAAGAGCGCGAGAUGCUGGCCACUUCAUCGGCACGGAUUUUGGCCAAACUCAGCGGCCCCCCAAAGACUCAGCCUUCGUCAUCCACAAUGAGAAUAUGCUAACGAAGUGGCUGUACAAAGACGUCUUCGCCGGUGUCGUUUCUGGAUACCAGGAGACUCGCACAUACCAAGCGACCCGCACACCUGUCAACAAACCCGCAGUCAAGAUAUACAAGCGGCACACAGACGUCCAGACUCUUUGCGAGCACACUCGCACGGUUGUCGCAAAGGCCCAGCGUAAUUGCCCCAAGAGAAGCGUCCUUGCUGGACAAGAUUUCAAGUACACUUUCCGCUGCGACAUGGACAUGAGGAAAGGUACGCAACCGGGCAAGACCAUUGACGACGAGAGGAGUAAAGUCGUCUUGAACAUUGAGUUCAAGCAACCAUAUGUCAUACCAAUGGAAGCUUGGAUUCGGUCCGCACGACAAGGUGAUGGCGAACUCGGCGCUGGCAAGAAGAUCCUCGGUGGCAAGAAGACCGCCGCUGGCACGAGAACCAUCGCUAAACCCAGUGCCGAUGAACAGCCAGUCAUCAUCGCCCAUGACUACACUGCCGGCAACUAUCAAAUCAAUGACCUUUCGAACCCGGAUGAGGAUGACGAGCAUGGCCGUGGAGCCGAAUCUGACGACGAAAUGCUUGUCGACGCAGAGUCCGACGCUGACCAACACCGAGAGGCGGCAGUCACCCGACAGCUGCGCCCCGGCAAGAAGAUGGACUGUAACGUUGAGAUAUGUUCUCAACAAAUUGGCCAGUACUGUAAGAUUCACAGAACUCGCUAUGGGGCGAUUGUUACGGGCGAGUACAUCGCCUUCGCCUACUUCAAGAAUAUGCGCAUUAUGGAGACUGCGGCUCGCCAAAUGGAAGAAGGUCUCGGAAACAUCUGCGAGCUUUAUCUCGUUCCGGACAGCGGAGAGUGGAGAGCUGCUAUUGCAGGCUUCCUCGACAGAGGCUACAAGGACUUCAUUUAUGUAGAGGCGGCCAAGGAUUGGAGACCAACGCCCCCACCCAGAUAG